AUGUUAGGUGGAGGACGCCGUGAGUGGGGACAGCGGGAAGAUAUACGGGACUGGCUGGAGGCGACGUUGAGUGGAACGAUAGGCCAGUGCAGCAUGUGGGCCAAUGGUGCACAGCGCCCAUCCGCCAUGCCGCACACGGAGCAGAGCUCCGAGAGUGACCGGUCGUCGCUGCUGGGCCCAUCUGUGGCCUCCCUCAGCUGGUCCGACCCUGAGACCACCUUUGAUCGCCUCCUCAAGGGAGCAGUGUACCAGAAGGUGGUGACGCGGCGCAGUCCGGUCAACGACAGUUCGUCGGCCGACUCGGAGCACGCCGCCAGCAUCCGCCUGUUCGAGUCGCCGUCGGUGGCGCCACCGCCUCCCCGAGGGAAGCCGCCGCCUCGCAGGGGCAGUAAGGCGAACCGGACGCACGCGGUCGGUGCGCGGCCCGCCGCCGGCCCCCGGGCGGCGGGCCGGUCCACGCAGGUCGCGCCGGGGCCAGCUCCCCACUAG